AUGUCAACUGUUGCUGAUUCGAAGCAGGAGCCGAAGAUCGAGAAGAAGGAGAUUGAGGAGGAAGAAUUCGAAGAGUUCCCAAUUCAGGAAUGGACUGAGCGUCAGGAAGGUGAAGACGAAGUCAGUGUUUGGGAGGACAACUGGGAUGACGAGACUCAUGAGAGCGAGUUCUCGAAGCAACUCAAAAAUAUUGGAAUAAUUGCACACGUCGACGCCGGCAAAACAACCGUAACCGAAAGAUUAUUGUAUUUAGCCGGAGCGAUUAGUGUGGCGGGAAAUGUCGAUAAAGGGAAUACUGUUACCGAUUUUUUGGAUAUCGAAAGAGAACGCGGAAUCACGGUGCAAUCCGCAGCAGUCAAUUUAGAUUGGAAACAUCAUCGAAUUAAUUUGAUUGAUACGCCAGGACACGUCGAUUUUCGAGUGGAAGUUGAGCGAUGUGUCCGUGUAUUAGAUGGAAUUGUCUGCAUAAUCGAUGGAUCUGCUGGUGUUCAGCCACAAACAUUGACUGUAUGGCAUCAGGCAUCAAAAUUUCAACUUCCAGCAAUAUUUUUCAUCAAUAAAUUGGAUAAAAAGGAAGGAAAUUUCGCGAACUCUUUGGAUUCAAUCCAACAAAAAUUGGGAAUUAAAGCCAUUCCGACCGUAAUCCCAUUAUCAAAUCAAGAAUUUUCUGGAAUUAUUGACAUAAUUGGAAAGAGGUUUUUAAAAAUUGGCGACGUUGACGAGCAAUGGAAACAUAUCGAGCAAAAAUCAGCAGAAUACGAGAAAUGGGAAGAAGCGAGAAGCGAACUUUGCUAUGGAAUUGCCGACAAUGAUGAGAUGUUCAUGGCAGAGUUUUUAGAUUCAUUUAACGGAGAUCAUUCGAAAGUCGAUGACAAAACGAUUAACGCAGCUCUUCGAAAUCUGACACUGUCGAACAAAAUCGCGACAGUGUCUUGCGGAAGUGCUGUCAAAUCUUUGCAUUGUGUUCAGCCGAUUCUCGAUGGAGUCAACGAAUAUUUCCCAUCGCCGGAUUUAAGAAACACGCAAUAUCAACAAAUCUUUGGAGCGAAUUUGUCUGGUUUAGUAUUCAAGAUAACACAUGACAAAAGAAGAGGACAACUGAGUUAUGUGCGUGUGUAUACCGGAAAAUUGCAAAACAAUUCGACGAUUUUCAACGCGAAUCAGAUGAGCAGCGAAGGUCCGAUUAAACUGUUCACGCCGUAUGCCGAUGAGCUUCAACCGGCUGAUUUUGUUGAACACGGAAAUAUCGCUGUGGUUUCAGGACUAUCGAACACGAUCACUGGAGACACUAUUUUGCUGAGUCGCGAUUCGGCUGAGAUGGCGUUCAAAAAUCUCAAACAACUAAAUAUUGAUACUCAAACAAUAUCUGGAAAGACGAGUAUUGAUGGCGCAGCUGUAUUGUUUUCUGGAAUCGAGUCGCCCGAAUCUGUUUAUUUCUGUUGCAUCGAACCACCAUCCAUGAAACAUCAAAACGUUUUUAAUCGAGCACUCGAUGAGAUGACAAGAGAGGAUCCAUCGAUGAAGGUUCGGUUUGAUAAGGAUACUGGCCAGACGAUCAUUGAAACUCAAGGAGAAUUGCAUUUGGAAGCAAUUAAAGAUCGACUCUUGCGCGGUUACAAACUUGAUGUAUUUAUUGGAAAAUUGCAAGUGGCUUAUAAGGAAAUGAUCACGCAAACUGUCAAUCAUACAUGUACAUUUGAAGACAAAAUGAGUGAGAAGAAGAGGCCUGAAACUGUAACAUUAAGCCUACGAAUUGAACCGACAAAUGAGAAAACAGCGUUUAAAAGAGUAGAACUCGAUUUGCCAUCAGAUGCGCGACCGAUUCGUCCAGAUUGGCAGCGAGCGAUUAACGAAGGAUGCGCGAAUGCUCUACAAAAUGGCCCAUUAGCUUCGUAUCCUGUUCACGCUGUGAAAAUCUUCGUAACGGAAUUGGUUGUAAGCGGAGGGAAAAUCAAUCCUGCAUUGCUGUCCGCGUGUGCUCAAAAGUGUUUGAAUGAAGCGAUCUCUAUUGCCGGCGUCAUUUUCACGGAGCCCGUCAUGGAUGUGGAAGUCAACGUAAGCUCUGAAGUCCCAACUCAGCCAAUAUUGUCGGAAUUUGUCAAACGAAGAGCGAAGAUCAAUUUCACCGACAGAAUCAACGAUAACACUGUGCGGAUUUGUGCUCAGAUGCCGUUGGCGGAAAUGGAGAAUCUUUCGCGGGUUAUUCGAACAUUGUCAUCGGGUCUUAGUGAUAUGAAUAUGCAAGUCAGUGGAUAUCAAGAGGUUCCUGAAUUUGAGCGGAAUUCGAUCCUUCAAAAGAGAAUGGGAUACGAAUAG